AUGGUUCUGUUUGUAGAAGGUGCGAUUGCCUUCUUACUACUGGUGAAGAUUGGUCCUUUAAGGGAGCUUGUAAUAAAGAGCUUGGACCAGCUUAAAUUAGGGAAAUGUCCUGCCACUGUGAAAACCAUCGCUGGAACCAUGUCUGUGAUACUCUUGUCGAAUCUGAUGAAUAUCGUCAAGAUCCAGAACAAGGGUUCGAAAAUCGGGACAAUGUCUCCUAUGGAUCAAGUCCUCUGGAGAACACACUUGCUCGAGGCUUCUCUAAUUGGUGUUGUGCUGUUUCUCGGCUUUAUAAUUGACCGGACACACCAUUACCUCGAAAAGCUAAUCUCUUUAAGAAGCAAUGUCGGGUCAUCGAAAGGAGAACUCGAACAACUUAGGAAAGAGAGAACAGAGUUGAAGGAGAAAGAAGAGAAGACUUCCAAGGAAAUCAAGGAGCUGAAAGAAAAACUGUCAUUUGUUUCAGAGAAUCUGAAGAAAGCAGAGAGAGAAGCCGAAGAGAAAGGAGCUAAGCUCGAAAUAGCUGAAGCUCAUGUUACAGAUCUUCAAAAGCAAUCUUCAGAGCUCUUGUUGGAGUAUGACCGAUUGCUCGAAGACAAUCAGACUCUACAAAGCCACAUCUUGGUUGGAACAAAAAAUAUGAACUGA